AUGGACAACACUGGAAAGAAUGCCGAGAAGAACCUUAGUACCGACGAUGCAUUCAGCAAUGUAUAUAUUAUGGAGAUUUCGCAUACAAUUAGACCUUAUAACCUCGAUAUCUACGACAAAUGCGGUGAGAACGAGAGCAACAUGAAAACGAUGCGUGCAAGAGCAAGCGAAUGGGUGAUGACAAUGAGGCGAUAUGAAGAGCAGAUGUUCCGCACGAUAGAUGACAUUGAAUUGAGGGUGAUAUUGGACGCAGGUGCACCAGGGUAUCGCAACGGGCGUCCUCGUCAAGGAGUCUUCGAUAGCCCGGAGUCGUUGGUAGCAAAUCGUAGUUAUUGGGUGGUGCUCAUUGGCAAUUUCCGUGGCCCACUUUAUCCUCUCCAACGCAAAAAUAGCGGGGUUCGGCGUAAUGGUGUUUCCAUUUCUGCUCCAAAGAGGGUGCGGCGGCGUAGAAAGACAUUAAUUGAUGAUGCGUAUAUCACGCUCGGUGGACGGGGAGAAGGCAUCCCAGGACCGGCACCUCCAAAGAUACAUCUGAGGGAUUACGAGGUUGAUGGUUCUGAACAGGCCGUACUGCGGAGAGAAGCGAAGAUCUUUUCGGAGGUGAAUGAACAUGGGAUACUGGUGGUCGUGGUGAUAGAUGAGUUGGUGGAGGUCCAUCGCAAGAAGGUUCUCUAA